AUGGAACAUAUUCGUGAAAUAGAAGCCAUUGUUUGGAUCUAUGUUUUCUGUGAAAAUGAGACAUUACAUAGCUCAUGGGCUAGCAAACACAGCAAAAUUAGAGGUGUCUUUGUUGAAAAAGAAAGACUGUUUUCAAGCUUAUUGCCCGAUCUAGCCACUUUUUCCAUUCAUUUUACUCCAAUAAGUAUUUUUCAAUCGGAUGAAAAUCAAAAAUCUAUUCAUGAUCUAAGUGAAGAAACUGCAUCGUUUAUGUGGUCACAGUUACUCGUGCGCAUUAUUCUUACAAUGUGUGAUAAUCGUGAUGAUCGAGCUAAAAAAGAUUUAAUAGAUGUUUGUCGCACACGCUAUAAGGAUGAUAUGUAUGAACAAAAUCGUAUAACAGAAUUCGAGCAAACGUACACUACCGGUCAAGCAAUCCAAUGGUAUACAGCAAAUAAUUUUCUAUAUCGAUGCUUGAAUCGCGCUUUUCAAACUAUGGAUAUUGAUAUCAUCUAUCGAUUUCGAUUUAUCAUUGCUGAGCUUCAUGAACAAUUGACUAGUUUACCGCGUCCAUCUUCAUCCAAACUUGUAGUAUAUCGAGGUCAAAUUAUUAGUACGAAAGAAAUGAAAAUUAUUGAAGCAAAUAAAAACAAAAGUUUCAUCUCAAUGAAUACAUUUUUAUCAACAUCAGAAGAUGCUACACUUGCAGCGGGAUUUGCAUCAAUAAAUAUGAAUGUACCUACAGGUCUCAAAUCAGUACUUUUCCGCAUGACAAUCGGUCAGACACGACAGCCAUUUGCCAAUAUUGACGCAUUAAGUGCAAUGCCAAAAGAAAAGGAAAUUCUUCUUUCGAGUGGUACUGUUUUUCGAAUUGACGAAGUGGAAGACUGUGGUGUCGGCUAUGUUGUAAAUUUGACAUCGACUACAGAAAUUGAAGAACGUUUUGAUGCUUUAGUACAACAUUAUCUAAGUGAGAUAGGCACAAAGCCAACAUUGGCUACUCUUGGCAGAUUUCUAAUGAUGCAAGGUGAUUACAAUCGAGCACAACGAUAUUUUCAAUUUCUUAUUGAUGAAAAUGUGUCUGAACUCGAUUAUGAUGGGCGUAUUAUUUGUUUCACUUGUCUUGGUCACAUCCAUGGCGAAAAAGGGGAAUAUGAACAAGCACUUGACUACUAUCAGCGAGUAUUGACGCUUCAACAAAGUACUCGUCCUAACGAUUAUAUAGACUUUUCCACGACCUACAACAACAUCGGUGUCAUACAAAUGGAACAGGGCCAAUAUAUAGAAGCUAUCGAAAGCCUUCAACAUUCACUUGAUAUCGAUCUUUCACAUCAAAAUACUCAUCAGUUAAUUAUAGCAGCGACAUACAACAACAUGGCUCUAGUAUAUGCCGAAAUGCAAGAUCAUUCAAAAGCAAUGGAAUGUAGUGAAAAAUCGUUAAAAAUAGACCUAGCUUAUAACCGCGAUACUAUGAAACAUCCUUUAACUGCUGUCAAGUAUCAUAAUUUGGGCUCAUGGUACGAAGAAAAGAACCAACAUGAGAAUGCCAUUAACUAUUAUGAAAAAGCAUUAACAAUUCAAAAAGCAUCGCUCCCGCCGGAUCAUUCAUCAAGAAUAAUGACUGAGAGUUGCUUAGCCAUUGCCUAUUUUCAAUCAGGAAAGCAUCAGUUAGGCUUAGAGAAAUGUUUGAAAGUACUUGAUACGAAACUACGCGAACGCCCUCUCAAUUUUCCAUCAUUAGCCAAAUCUUACAUAAAUUUAGGAGGUAUGUACGAAGAAUUAGGUGACUUGAUCAAAGCUGAAGAAAAUCUGAAAAAAUCUUUGCACAUUUGUAAACGCCAUCUAGCCAACCAUCAUACGGACACAGCAACAGCUUAUCGAAUUUUAGGUGAUGUUUAUGAUGGAAUGGGCAAGACAAAGAAAGCGCUAAAUAAUUAUCAAUUAAGUCUCAAAGUUUUCGAAAGACAGAUACCACCCGACUCGGCGGUUAUGGCGAAAGUUUAUGGUAGAAUGAGUGCAGUCGAACAGAACCAGAUGAAAGUUAUCGAAUAUGCCAAGAAAGGAGUGACUAUAUUGCUUGAUGCAGAUAAAAUUGAUAAUGAAGCAUUAGCCUUUGCUUACAAUGCUCUUGGUACUGCAUUAAUGAAAGCCGACCAAUUAGAAGAAGCCCUUGUAAACUACGCAAAAGCCUUACAGCUAGGACGUGAACUGGUUUAUGGAGAUGGAAAUCAUCUAUCGCUCAGUACUUACUACCAUAAUCUUGGUUCUAUUCUUAGUCAACAGGGACAAGUAGAAAAAGCACUUGAAUACCAGCAAAAAGCAUUGGAGAUGUUUAUUGAAAAAAUGAAAGAUACUCUACACCCUGAAGUAGCUCGAAUGUACAAUAAUUUGGCUUGUUCGUAUCAUAGACUGCAUAGUUAUGAGUUAGCAUUGGAGUUUUUUCAAAAAGCUGUCGAUAGUUUUAAGCAACCAAAUGCUAAAAAUGUACGUCUGCUUGCUGAAACUUAUAUACAUAUUGGAUCAGUCUACGAAGAUUUAGUCGACUGGGAAAAAGAAGUAGAGUACUAUAAAAUGGCACUGGACUUACAAUUAACAGAACUUGAAUCUAAUGAUAUUGAUUUAGUUUUUACUUAUUCACUUCUUGCUUCUGUUUACGAAAAUCGUGAAGAUUAUUCAACAGCUCUAACAUAUCUUAUGCCUAUGUUGAAUAUUCAAACGAAAUUUCUAUCAAAAAAUGAUCAUGAACUUUAUGACUCCCAUGAUCAAAUAGGAACAUGCUAUGGUCUGAACAAAGAUUAUCAAGCAGCACUGAAACAUUUCAAGAAAGCACUUAAAAUCCAGCGCCAUCGAAAGAAACCAUUGGCAUCGAUUUGCCAAUCAGUAGGUGACACCUACAAACACCUUAAGAAGCAAAAAUCAGCAUCGAAAUACUAUCGACUGGGUAUCCAUAGUCUUGAUAAAAAAGAUGAAGCUCACCGAACUGUUGAUGAACACGUAGAUCUGUGCCAGUUAUACAGAAAACUCGGCAUUGUUGAAUGCCAAAUGAAUCACUUUACUGAAGCCAUGGCAAAUCUACAACAAUCAUUGAAUAUAUAUGAGAAAUUUCUAACGAAUGGCAAUCAAUAUGAUGAAAUUGUGCAAGAUAUACUAGAGUCAACAGCUAAAGUUCAUGAAACAACAGAAAAUAUGUCUCUGACUGAAGAAUAUCGAAAAAGGAAAACAAUUACUGAAAAUACAUGA